AUGAACAGAGUAACAAAAAAACUUGCCCCAGGAAGAGUAUCAGUACCUACUCCGAGAAUUCUGGGCCAACUAAACUUCGGUCUUGUUGACAUUGGCAAGUCUUGCUCACUUUGUGAGAAGACCUUUAAAGAUCACUGGAAUCUUAAAAGACAUUUGCAAAGAUGCCAUGACAUAACGGAAACGGUUGCAGAUGAUAUGAGCAUAGUCCAGGAGGCCGAAUAUCAAGAUAUACAGAUGAGCAACAGCCCAAAAAAUCCGCUUACACCAAGUGAAAGUGUGGAAGAGAAAUCAGACGUUGAUAAUGAAUACUACAACAGUAUCUUAAAUUAUGACGAGUGUGAAGAAAGUGAUGAUGGAAGUAGAGUUGACAAUAGUGAUUUUGAUGUUGAGGAAAACACAGAGCCAAACGCAGGCAUUCCUCUGUUUAAUCACAUCUUGAACAACAUGUCUGCUUUCGCCGAUAACAACGAAUCUUCAAUAGAUGAAGAGGAUGAAUUCCAGAGUGAAGUAUUUAACUCUACCGCCUGGAACAGAUUUACACUAAAUACUCAUCCAUUUAAAGAUAUCCAGACAAUGAUUUUGCUCGCACUUGUCGAUGGUGAUAAUGACAUGAUUUCUCGUAGAAUGUUAAAGAAGAUAUUAUUUACCAUCAAUCUUCUUCUAAAGAUCCACGAAGAAGCUAUUAGAAAAGAUAUUUCUUUCAAGUUGCCCUGGUUAGAUGCACUCUGGAAUUACCAGACACGAAAAGGAUCGAACAUCUCAAUUUUCAAAUCGAAAAGUUUAGAUAUUACUCUCUCUGAUAGCACAAAAGUCACCGCAUUCCUUAACUUGCCUUCUGAGCACAUCAAACUCCUUGCUGCCAAUCCUAUAAAGUCAAAAUCAAUCUUUUCUUUACCUGAUCGCACGCCAAACCAAUCUGUCUGUCUUCAACAAGGAGAAAAAUGGAGAACAAAUACAUACUUCCAACAACCCAUGUUUACCCACAACAACGUUGAUUUCUGGUCUGGUGACAUUGUUCUGUUAAAAGAUUGCUCGCCUAACCUUUGCUUUCUGGUGGAAUCUUUCCAUACAAUGGAUACAUCCAAUGUCUUCUCUCAUGGAUAUAUUGUUCGAACUCCAAAAGAUGGUUGUAGCAUUGGCAUCGAAAUCAAUCGUACCAACAUAAAUAUUGAAUCAUUUCUCUCUGUUGACACAACCCCAUUAAACACCUCCUUAUGUUGCAGCAUCUCUCCUGACACAAUUAUCUCGCUCAUUCCAACUCAUCGUAAAUUACUUGAAGAAGAACAUUUUCUGAAGAGGCUUAUAUGCGACGGAACUGACCAAGAAAACAACCGAAGAAAAUAUUACAAGGUAAAUAUUGCACCUGUAAUUCUUUUCUCGGAUGAUACUUCUGGGAACACCUCUAAGCAAUUUAAUCCAUACAAGAGCUGGUCGAUGAAAUGUGCGGCCCUCUCUUUUGAAGAAAGGUGCUCCAUAGAGAAUAUCUUAUUUAUAUCAGCAAUUCCAAAGAAGAAAGGUGCAAACGCUGCCUCGUUGUUACCUGAAAUUGUUGAUGAUUUGAAGAAGCUAGAAAACGGCGUGGUAAUAUUCUCUGCAGAAGAUAAUGCAUAUGUUCUUGUGGUAUCUCCUUUACUUUGGAUUGAGGCAGAUACAUCUUGUCACUCAGAGCUUUGCGGUUUAGGUGCGCCCAACUCAACUUACCCUUGUAGAAAGUGCUACAUUAAAUUGCAAAGUCGAAUCCCCAAGUUGAACGAAGUUGAAUACUAUACUAACAGGCAUCCAACAAGAACCAAGGAUCAUUAUAUCCAGGCCGCUUCUGCACCAGACAGAGAUACAGUGAUCCCUGAUAUUCCUUGCUUUGACAACAAAAACACAGCAGAAGAGUUAAGUUUUAAAAACAAGUCAACAGACAAACUGCUAGAACUUAAAGCAUAUGACCAGUCAAAAGAUACUCCUGCUGAAAUAUUGCACUAA